AUGAAACGACGACAAAAGAGGAAACAUCUGGAAAUUGAAGAGUCCCAGGAAGGAAUUUCAAAGUCACAAGAGGAUAUCUCUCAGCCUGAAUCUACUGGAGUGGCCAAAGCCCAAAGCCCAGGGGUAGGGGAGGUCUCCUCUGCCUCAGAAUACUUCUCCUGUGUUUCUUCUCCACACAAGCUCAUCCAUCGUAGUAAGGGAACCCGGAAACUCCAACAAGACAGUUCCAAGCCUAGAUCAUCCCGAGACCAGGUUCCCGAAGGAGUGGCGACGAACAACCCCUCACAGCACGCCUCCUCAUCCUGUCCAUCCUACAAGACGUGUGUGUCCUCUCUGUGUACAAACAAAAAGGGAAAGGGGAUGAAAAUAUACUACAUGAAGGUGAAAAUGAAAAAGGGUGUGGCCAUCUCCUGGGAAACGAAGGAAACCUCAGAGUCCCCAGAGAAGCAGCCAAGGAUGGAAGAAGCCACCCUUCCCGAGGGUGUGUGGGUAGGCGCUCCACCCUCCGAUGUGUCCACCAGAAACCUCCUGUCGGACAGUGAACCCAGUGGGGAAGAGAAAGAACAUGAGGAAAAGCCAGAGUCAGACAGCCCACCAGCGUCACCCACGGUGGAAGAGAGACCCAGGGCCAAGACUCCUGACUGGCUGGUGACCAUGGAGACUGGCUUAAGGUGCAUGGCCUGUUGCAGAGUCUUCACCACCAUGGAGAACCUCCAAGAGCACGUGCAGUUUGGGAUCAGGGAAGGCUUCAGCUGCCACGUCUUCCACCUCACCAUGGCGCAGCUGAUCGGCAACGCGGAAUCAGAGAGCAUCCAGGAGGAGGAAGAAGACAACGCGGAGGAGAAAGAGAGAAGCAAGGAAAAGACGUCGGAAGAGCAGCAGUCCACAGAGGAAGACGGGGCGAAGAAACCCUGGAGCCAGUGUCCAGGCUGUAUGUUUGAUUCUCCAAAGGACAGAACAACUGAGAUUCCUGGGUUAGAGGAUCCUGGAAGAUGGGGUGGCCUUCUCUUGGGAGAGGAAGAAGAAAGGACCAUCCAGACAGCAGCGGAAGCAGACAGAACGCCACUUGUGUAA